AGAGCUCUCGCUGUGCGUGCGGAAGAGGAUAAAAUACUCAUCAGCUGAUCACAUUACCGUUAUGCGAGGAAGUGUGAUUGGUGUGUGGCACAGUGGUUGGACAACACAUGUCAGCGGCGCCUCUCUAGCAAAGGGGGCUGCUGAUUGCACUUUUAGUGUGCUUUCUUUUAUUAUACAUUUUUUAUGUCUCCGAUUUUUACAUAAUCGACAUACUAACAUCCUUAUUUUCAUCUGUCGACCUGGACCAGCGACCGUUCGAGGUAUUUAUGCUCCUUGUGUACUGAUGUUUUGCUUGGAUAAAGCAAGUAUAAUGCGACAGAUCUUGUCCUUAUCGUCAUUUCCUCCGAUAAUAGCGAGCAUGAAGGAGUCGCUUUUAGCCGCGAUCAAGGAGGUGACCGCUCUGCUGCCGCUAUCCAAUCCGCAAUAUUUUUUGGACACGAGUCCAGGAGAGUACAGCGCUGAAGGUUAUAUCAUUUCUUGUCGAGGCCCGAGUGUGCAGGAUGAAUCCACGGAGAAGCGACUGCAAGACGAGUGGUGGAAUAAACUCGUUCCGAAAUUGAAAGAGAGUAAUGACAAGUGUCUUCAAGAAACUGGGACGCGACUUAAAAAGGAAUGGAAGUCAGAGAAGCAUCUCCUACUGGAUUCAGUGGAUGAGCUUGCCGCGAAAAAAUUCAAACGGGGCAUGAAGCAGGCGUUCCAGGAACACCAACUCAAAGUCGUGGAGAUAUCAUCUCAAAGACUUGAAAAGAACCUCACAGAAAUAUUGGAUGAAUCUCCAAACGCUGCUCCGAGUAUAGAGUCGUCGUGGACACCUUCACCACUACCGUUCUCAUCAAGAACAUCGCUCCGUGUUGCUGUCGAUGAUCGAUCUGCAGACGGCAAUGACAAUGAGAAUGACAGUGACCAGAGCUCCAAAGACGGACAUGACCACGACCUCCCUCAGUCUCAGUUACCCAGAGGUGGUAAGACUGUCGCCGAUUCGACCUCAUUGAUUCAUGAUCAUAAGCCUAAGCAAGGUCAUGCAAGUUCAACGUUCAUUCCCAUUGCAGGACAGGAGCACCCCCGUGGCCUAUUCGACAAUGAGAAUACUGGUUUGCCAAAAACUCCUAGGAACAAAUCCAUUUCGCCCACAGUUGUUGGAACAGAGUCGAUUGACAGCCCACCUACCGUUACCUCUGGUCCCCCUGAAAAGAGCCUAUUCUUGAUGGACGAGGAUGAGGAAGACUACUUGUUACCUGAGUCUGCAAGUCAAGGGUUUGUGUUCAAAGGGAUGUUUGAAGGCGUUAAUGUCGCAGCAGGUUUUCAAAGUUAUUUCUCGGAAGUGAAAAGAAGUCGGGUUUAUAUUAAGCAUACGGACCAGGCGCUUGGCAGGUCGGGCAUCAUUCUUCUUAAGGAUGGUGGAACGGAGCUACAGAAGAAACACUUUGGGUCAGAUGCUCUUGCAAAGCUACGAGUACUAUUCCACACGCGCUUUUGGAAGACUGCAGAUGUCACUACUGAGCGCUCGCAAGUCCGGGGCUGGCUUGAUGUAAUAGAAGACAAGAAAUUUGACAGAGCAGAGUCCUUUACUGCGAUUAUUUCCUCGCCCCCCUCCAGCUCUUUGUCCCAAAAGCUGUGGACGUACAUCCUUUCAGCAUUGAAUGACUUUCCACUGGUGAACGACAAGUCAUAUUCCGAAUCGACAGGAGUCUCCUCCUAUAUAACCCCACUUUGCAGAGUAUUCAUGGCGAACACGGAAAAGUGCACGUUUUUUAACUUUGUCGACAAGAAGACAGUUUCGAGCCAAACCACGAGCAGUCGCAAAGAGCCUGACAUGGUACUGGAAUUGAAGGAUGCCUCCAAUAAGACCAUUUGCGACCUGGCGUUUGGUGAGGCGACGUCACAUGCUCAGCAGAAACAGCACAAGAAAAACGCAAAAGACGUUGUACGUCUAGGUCUCAACUUGAAAGACUCGCUCGACAAUAUCGAGGAUAAGUAUGGCGUUCGCGAUGCCGUUUUGGCUGGAGCUCAGGUCGUAGCAGAUACCAUGAGCAUUUACCUGAUGGCGCGGUGUGGAAAUAUGUAUCUCAUGUCACACGAGCAGGACUACAGCGUUCCAGACAGCCUGAAGAGCCUUCUGUUGAUGAACAGUCAGUACAAGGCGUUUCACGAGCUGAUGGUAACAAUCGACGAGGGGGUUGCGCCUGUCCUGCAGGGAGUAGGUAGAACAGGAGACAUCAUUCCAAACCCGACCGUGGACAUGCUGAGGUGUACAACCAUACGAACCCCCGAAUUUAAGACAUUCUUAAGAAAGCCAGAGAGCCGACCUCAAGGUAUUCAUGCCCCUUAAAUAAAAGAAAACCAAUUGCCUUAAAAUUUUAAUGACAAAAUAGUACAAUUGUUUAAUCCAAAGCUUUAUCUUACUUUCAGGCAACAUCGGGGCAUGUCAGAAAGCGUGCGUGUCUGAGACUGAAUAAUAGAACCCCUAAAUAUAACUAGAACAAGUGAACAAAAUCGACGCGCCCUGGAAUUCUCCUGCAGGAAGGAGAGAAAGAGCCGACGAAGGAUCAAAAAAGCAACGUCGCCAUGAACGCUUGGCUGUCAGAAGCCCGUUGAUUUAACACGCUAAGACCUUAAGCAAGCAUUACUUGUUCUCAUUGUGGAUGACCUGGGUAACGAAGCAAGUAUUGACAUGAAGAUUCACAUUGGAUUGCCGAAUUUGCU